AGAUUAAACAACAACAAACAACAAGAGAUGAAUAAUUUAACUUUGAAUUUCUGAUUACAGUGGUGAACUCUAAUCAGUGAAUCUCAAAUAAAGAGAUGCUCCAUUUAGAAUUCUCUCUCAGGAUCAUAUUGAAUCUAAUAUUCUUCACGGUCGUGAGCAGCGAAACACAAGAAACGCAGGUUUUCGACCCAUUGGGCCCUUUAAUAAAGUGUAGUUUCCUUCCAUUAGAGUUCAUUCAAUGCACAGAUCCAGUAGACCAUAAGGGUAACAAAACCGCCAGAGAUGAAAUGCGGUACGGCUGCAUCAAAUUCGGGGGAAAAAAGUACCAUGACGUUGAGAAGACAAAAGUUCUAUGUACAGCUUUACAAAACAUUGAAUGUUUUGGCAACAGGACCUUCUUCAGAGAAGGUGUUCCUUGCAUCAAGUACUCAAACCAGUACUUCACCACCACAUUGCUUUAUAGCAUUCUGUUAGGGUUUCUGGGUAUGGACAGAUUUUGUUUAGGUCAGACUGGUACUGCUGUUGGUAAACUAUUGACAAUUGGUGGUCUAGGAAUUUGGUGGAUUGUGGAUGUAGUACUUCUAGUGACAAACUAUCUCACCCCAGAAGAUGGAAGUAACUGGAAUCCAUAUGUUUGAAAUCAAACAUAAAACUAGACUUACUGAGUAACAAAUGUGAUAUAUUUAUUCCUUUC